UCAGGUUCUGUUCUUACCAAGGGUUGACGCACAUAUAUGUUGUUGCAAAGAAGGCAGAGAAACACACCACGUCUCUUAAAGGCUGACAGCUCUAAAGAAGAAGUUUGAUUAAUUUCAAGAGCUGACAAGCACAGCUAUGAAGAGCCUCAAGUUUUUAGCGGCAGAGGGCUUCAUUCAGAAUGGCCCAAAUGCAUGUAAGAGCCUCAAUUGCUUGUCUUACAAUCUCUACCCAGUCCUUUUCAAGGCCAGCUAUCUGCAUGAGGAACCCACAGUGCUCCAUGACUUGGUCCAGACGUGGCCUCUCACAGAGCUCAACUUGCGCAAGUUACUGGGCAGAACAGUGGACUGUCCAGAUGAUCUGACUUCCCGCACCUGCAGAAUCUGUCUGGAGGCCUUUCUAAAAGGUCUGAAGGACUAUGUGCUUCAAGCACCAAGCACUUAUGCAAAAAUGCUUCGUGUUGUAGAUAUGAUUGGUCUUCAAGACACAGAACACCAGGUCUGUCCAUGCAGCCGUACACUUGGCCGCUGGGCACGCACUGAACUGCUUACUUGCAUGUGCUAUGAGACUAUGGUGUCCAUGCAGGCUGGCCAAGCAGCACCAUCAGCUUUUGAUGUGGAGGUAGAUGUCCGUCUUGAUGCCUUUGUUACAGGAAGAAACUACGAGGUGGUAGCACAGGCUCUGUUGCUGCACAGACAUUGCCCGUUAAAGCUGCACUUUGUAGGCUUACGUGUGGACUCGCUGGCCCUCAAGAAUCUCUUUUAUUUGCUGAAGCUGGUGGAAUCACAUGGCCUGCAGAAGCUGGAAGUGGUGCACAAUGUGCACCUGGAGGCUCCACACAUUGAGGUAAUGCUCUCCAAGCUGAAGUUCCCUCAGCUGCGCUCACUCACGUUUCCAGCACAGGCUUUGAAUGUACACAGGUUGGGUCCAGAGGAUGUGGACCUCUUGGGAGUUCUGGGUGAGCUGAUGAGCAAACUGACUGAGCUAAGAGAGCUCUAUCUGGGCUUCUCCACUCUUACUGGACACCUGAGGAAACUUUUGAGUCCACUUCAAACUCCACUGCAGUGUAUAGAGCUAGCAAACUGUAACAUCAACGCAGUAGACAUGGCCUACUUUGCCAACAGCCUGCACAGUGAGCACUUAGUAAAGUUGGACCUGAGUGGUCACGGAGUAGCUGACCUCUUCCCGAACACCUUUCGGAAACUCCUGCAUCGGUGUUCUGCCACACUCACUAGCCUGGGUCUGGAAGAAUGUGGACUUGAUGAAGAGUGUCUGAAUCUGCUCACUCAAGCACUAGCUCCCUGCCAGGGACUCCAAGAAUUCAAGAUCUUGGGUAACCCAUUGAGUACCGCUGCCCUGCGCCAUCUUUUCAAUGUGCUGGCUCAGGGUUUUCCAGAUUUGAGAUAUGUUGAGCUGCCCGUCCCUCGUGACUGUUAUUCUGAAAAUGCAACAUACCCACUGGAUGACAGGACACUGCUGAAUUAUGAUAGAGAGAUGUUCCAACAAGCCAGGACUGAACUUGUGGGCAUCCUUGAGAGAGUGGGGAAAGGAAAUGUAGAAGUUUGCACCCCAUUGCUUGGAGCCUACGAUCCUGACAUCAAUGAGACGAGUAACGAGCUGGGGGUCUCCAUGUUGCACUCCUUCAACAGUGUCAUAGGCAACUUCAUUGAUACGGUGAAUAGCGUAAACCAACGGAGAGAGCAAAGAAUGAUGGAGUGAGCCCGUUCAUGGUGAACAAGAAAUUAGAAGUUUAACUGCAACUGAUUUAAGGGGGAUAUUUUAACAGUUAGAUUCAGUAUACAAUAUAAGCACCUUUGUAAAUAUACAUAAAUACUGUAUAUAGGUGUUUCUUCAACUUCUGGCAAUUUCAUGUCGCAGGGGUUGAUUUUUAAUAAAAAGGCCAGAUUUAAACUUUUUUUUAUUAUUUAAAAGUCACAUUAAAACUGACUUGGAAACGUUUUUUUCCAGGCCUUCAUUUGAUUUAUUUUUACUUUUCAAUUGCCUUUUAUGUAAAGAUUUGACAGGUUAAUCCUUG